AUGUCGCACAGCAAUACAACUGAGGACGUGCGGUCAGGCCUGUCUGCUCUUGAUAUCCAGAGGCUGAAUUAUCCGAAAUGGGCGCAUCAAAUCGUUGGCGGUGUUUUAGUGUUAAUUGGAUGUUUCGGUUUUGUAGAAAACGUGUUGGUAAUUUAUACAUUUACCAAAAACAAACACUUGCUGUCCCCGACAAACAUUUUUAUCCUUGGCGUGGCUAUUGGUGAUCUGUGCAUGUGCUGUUUGGGACACCCUUUAGAAUCGGCAUCGGCUAUCAACGGAGCCUGGUUCGCCGGGGACGCGGCGUGUGUUCUUGUGGGCUUCGUAGUCUACCUGUUUGGACUGUCUCAGCUUUAUCUCCUAUCAGCGGUCAGUAUAGACAGGUACAUCGUCAUAACCAAGCCUCUACUAACGCCAAACAUCACGACCAAAGUCGCCUGUGCGAGCGUUGCCGGGUGUUUUGGGAUUGCCCUGUUUUGGGCCGUAUGUCCCUUAAUAGGCUGGAGCAGCUAUGGACUAGAGGCAUCGGGUGUAUUUUGUGGGCUUCACUGGAACGACGUCAGCGUAUCUAAUACGUCUUACGUCAUCACGAUCACGAUCUUCUGCUUCUUUUUCCCUCUCGGCAUUAUGAUCUUCUGCUACUAUCACGUGUUCAUGACGGGUUCCAUCCCCGGUCUGAGCACUAGCCACGUAAGCGUCGGAUUCCGGUUUCGACUCCGAAAGUCUCGCUUCGUAAGAGAAUUAUCCAUGGUUCUGGAUUCAAACCGGGACCCUUCUGGCAAAGGGUACUGGAACCAACUACCCAUAGCAUACAGGGAACAACUUACUAAGUUGAGGCAGCAGCCAAAUCAGUUGUUGGAACAAGUCAUGAAGUUUGCGCCACAAGUUAGCAAGCUGAGGCCUCAACUUAAUAAGUGGUUCCCACAAGUCAAGAGCCUCAACAGCAGUUCGGUAUGGGAUAUGAACAGCAGAAUGGCUCGCAAAAACCUAAAACUCGAGCGAAGAAUGUUGAAAAGCUGCGUCAUCAUGUGUGGAAUUUACUGGAUCGUGUGGACGCCUUACGCAGUCGUCUCUUUCGUCCAGGUGUUUGGCGACCCGGACAGCGUGCCGCUAUGGAUGGCGGAGCUUCCGGCGGCGGUGGCCAAGUCCCAGGUGGUCUGGAACCCCAUCAUCUACGUCGGCACCAAUAAGAAAUUCAUGGUUGCAUUUUACCAGGUGUUAAGCCUGCCAUGUAGCCGGUUGAGAGACUGGAUUGAGGUUCAAGAAAAGGAGAUUGUGUCUGAAGAUUCGAAACCGGACGAUAUGCCCGGUCAGACCACACCCAAGUUGCAGGCAAGUCAGCCAGCGGCAUCCGCAAUUAAUCUUCCCUCCACUAACAAGGUCGCCCCUACCAUAGUCUGUACCACUGAGUUGUGCUCUAGCCUAGCCAGCUUCCUGAACCCGGUAUUUCUGGUAUCUGAGGAGAUAAGAGGGGACCUGCAGUGCGAUUGGAGCUACGUCAGUUGCGGUGAGACGUCGACUCGGUUCUCCGGCAUUGCUGGAGAUGUCAUCUAA